GGCAUUGAUUUCAAUAAUUGUCGCAAGAUUGGCAGCACAUACGAUGAUCAUCGCUUGAUACAUCUUGGUGGCGAGAAAUCCAACACAAUGCAGCUUGCUGUCGUGGAAAGGCUGUUCAAAGGUCAUUUUGAGGAUGGCCAAGACCAGUCAUCCCAUGAAUUUCUUACGAGCGUAGCUAUAGAACCAGGUAUCGAUAUAUCGGAGGCUAAGGCUUGGUUAAACUCACGCGCAGGUGGUUUUGAAGUUAAAGAGAAAAUUCGCAAGGCAACUAUGAGAGGAGUCAGAGUCGUUCCCGACAUCAAUAUUGCUAGACGCUAUCAAAUUGGAGCUGAUUAUGACACGGACUCUAUAAUGCAUGUACUGGGAAUAGCUAGAGCUCGGGAAGUCUAA